CUUUGGCAUAUAAAAGAAAAUAAGCGGUAUGCCUCGUUGGUGGACGGAGAGACAUCCAGCGGAGCAAACUUCGCCUAACGGAAAGCAUCUUACGAUCUGAUCUGAGGCCGGGUUGCAUGAUGCGCAUGGCCGCGAAAGAGUGUGAUUCGCUGGGCUGGUGAUCAACCCGCGGCUCCCACAGAAUUGGUUCGUCCGCACAGAACGGAAGCGACGUCGAAUGAGUCGGUGGAACCAAAACGUUGGUUGCCGGAGAGGCACCGCUGCGUGCCUUGUCGACGCAGCACCAACAUGCUUUGUGUGCAUGCAGAUGCACCAGCAGCGGCACAUCACAUGCGUGUGCCUCGUGCCUCUUGUUUCUUCUUGGUUGAGAAAAGGCAGUUGGAUUCUCCUCCCACUCCCACGCUAUACAUACACGGAUGCGCGGCCUCACGCCCACGCCGUCGCCGUUACCAUCUCCAUCGCCACCCCACCUCCUCGCAUGACAGCGGAGGAGGAGGCCCGUCUCAUGGCGCGUGUCAUGGAGGACUCAAUGCGCACGGACGACGAGCGCCAAUGGGAGGGCCUCGAGGAGAUGACUGCCCUCUCCGCGGCCGGCGACGUCGCCAUUCUCGAGCUGGAGAUGGUGCCGAAGGAGGAGGUGAGGGAGGAGCCGUCGGUGGCUGCCUUCCACCCGGGCCUGGUGGGCCAGGGGUGGAGCUGGUCAUGCACGGCGGAGCAGAUGGCGGCGGCCGCCGUGGGGGGCGUUAACUGGUGCCCCACGUCGCCGCAGUUGUAACACUCCGGAUGUAACUUUCUCAAUUUGUACUCCAACUCUUGCCAUUUCCGGCGUUAAGUUAUUUUAUUUUCCCA